CAUCUACCCAUCGAUCGGAUCACGGACACACCUCCAUCUGCCUGUGAUCCUAGGUAGCUCUAAUAAUUUUCUGCAUAAAACCCUUCCACGACAGCGACAGACGACACAUUCCCGCUGCAGCCGUUGAGCAAGCAACACAACAAAAAACCUCUAAAAAUUAACCACAAAUUCUGCGUGAAAUAUUUCUAACCAUUAUGGAGCUGAUACUCGCCGAUCCCGCUUAUAAGAGCAUCAUUGAGGGCGCCAAGGAAUGCUUUCUGCCGCCGCCGGAGGAACGUGUACCCAACUAUCUGGACAACCUGCACAUUAUAUUCUUUGAGCAGAUCUUCGAGGCCAUUGACAAUCUCAGCGAUCAGGUGCGCUUGGCACGUGCAUAUCCACAGUUCAUACCGGACAUCCUAAAGAUCUGGCAGAAGCGCUUGAACAUGAUUGUGGGACCGAACACAGCGUUCCUGGGUCUGCUGGAUAUCGAGGAUUAUGUGUUCUUCAUGGAUCACAUGGCUGAUCGCUUCAAGGAGCUGCAUGUCAAUGAGGACGGUGUGGGCUCGUUUGCCCAGUUCUUCGAUUAUAUACGACACCUGAACGACAUAAAUGUGCUGCGUUUGCCGGCUGUGGAGACUUGCAUACUGGCUGGCAAUCCCAACACGGUGAUCGAUGAUGAUAUUCGCGAUCUCACACAAAUGCUGCCCAAUCUGAAGCGUUUGAUCAGCUGCAUGAACAUCUCGGGCGCUUAUAUUUGGUCUUUCCGUAAGCUGGAGGAGCUCGUUUUCAACUCGUUGUACCAUUCGGUGCCACUGGACAGUCGCUGGAUACAAGAGAUUUGCCUGAGCAUGAAGCAACUGCGCGUCCUGGACAUUACCGAUCACUUUGACAGCGGCGUACGCCUCACGGACAUCAAGCUGCCGAAUCUGGAGGUGCUCAAGAUCAAUCUGAGCAGCGUGGAGUGCAUGAUAUCGGAUGUGCUGCAGUUGCCCAAGCUCAAAAAGUUAGCCGUUCGCUUCGAUGACUCGCGGCAGUUGCACGCCGAUCAGGAGACCAUUUUCCAGCAGAUAAUUGUGGCCAAAAGUGAGUCCAUUACACGCAUUGCCCUGAACAAUGAGGUGGUGCAGCUGCCACCACGUUGGCAUCAGAGUUUGCUGCUGGAGCUGCCGCAGCUCAAGAAAUUGGUGUGCGAGAAUUGGUAUCAUGAUGAUUUCUUCCUCGAUUGCCAGCACAUCCCUUGCCCACAAAUGGAGGUGCUCAGCUUCAGUGGCUGGGAAAUAGUGCGUGAGUUUAAGCUCCUCGAAAUGGUGGCCGAGUGCACAAAGUUGCAGCAUCUCGCCUUGAAUGGCUACCACAGCAAUCAGGAUCGCUUGCAGAAACUCGUGCACAUACGCUGGGAGGAGAAGAAUGCCAAGCCCUUGCAGGUAUUCAGCGACAUUAUGUGGACCACUUUGAUGCCCGAGGAGUACCAGAAAUGGUCCAACAAUAAGUAUGUUCAAGUGACUUGCGAUGGCAGCGAGUACGACUACCAGGAGGAUGGUUUUGAGUUUGAUUUCGUUUAGAUCUAAAGACAAACUUUUUGGAUUGUAUAUAAUUUUUUA